UAGUGUGUACAUAUGUUUGGUUAGUUCUCCAAUAUAAUCUGCAUGUAAAAACACAAGGUGUCUGGUGGUAGAGUGUGGGUUGUCUAUUAUACACAAAACAAUCACACAGAAACGAGAACUGAGAAAUAACAAUGCGGUGUUGUUAUAUUCUGGAGUGAGUUUAUGUUAAUGGCAUGGCGGUGUCCAUGACCGUUUUACAACAGGCUUUUACGGAUGGCAGCUUCCGGGGUGAUCGUCAAGGAGAGCUAUGCUUCAUCCUACCGUAGAGAAUCUCAAUGAUCCGAGACGGGAGAUUGAAUGGGAUACAAUUACAAGUUUGAGCUGUAUGGUUGUGACACCAGUUCAUGCUCAUAUUGGAGUUCUAGCUAGCUGUGAAGGUCUUCAUAAUCACUGCAUAUGUCCCAUUUCUCUAUACGUCCAGGGUUCAUCUUUGGCAUCGAACAAGCAACCGGUGCAUUGCUGAUUUUAAGCGCAUGGAGAUGUAACUUAUGGACAUAACAUACAAGUUUGUAUACUGCUGAGGAUCAACAGUAAACACUAAACCCCUACAGAAACCCAAACAUUCAACGGGCACCAGCAGCACCAAUGGGCUGAUCUGUACUCUGUAUCUUAAAGUGGAGCACGGUUUGUUUUGAAUACUUAUGGUUCAGGCGUAGAUUUGACAAAAUCAACAGCAUGGUCAGACAGGGGAAGCAACAGCGCCUGCGGGAAUCUUCUGCUAGCCUUGAUUUCGAGCCGCCGGACGGUGGAUGGGGAUGGCUUGUUGCACUGGGUGCGUUCACGGAGAUGUUUCUGACAAUGGGUACUCUGCUUUGUAGCGGAGUCUACUUCAGCCCACUCCAGCACGAGUUCGAAAUGAGCGCUGCUGAGCUAGGCUGGGUUAUAAGUUCAGGGUCAACGCUGCUGUCAGCUACAUGUCCAAUUGGAAGUGUGUGUGUAAAGAAGUUCGGCUGUCGUACGACUGCCCUCAUCGGUGGUAUCGCUGUAUCUGGGGGAUUUAUUGCAAGUUCCUUCGCUCAAUCGAGUAUCAACAUCUUCAUCACAUUAGGUCUAAUUACAGGUAUAGGGUCAGGUCUAGUCUUCGUCUCAGCCGCCGUGAUACUUGGACACUACUUCAAGAAGCGCUAUGCCAUAGUCAACGGUCUCGCCUUCAGUGGUCCGGGCCUAGCCAUAUUCAUCUGUCCGCCUCUUCUAGACUACCUGGUAGAUACCUAUGGAUGGAGAGGGUCUUUCCUGAUACAGGGUGCCUUUGCCAUGCACACGGUGGCCGCUGCCGCCCUCUUUCGACCGGUACGUUUAAGACGCCUAGAGAAACUAAAUGAUCUAGAACAAACUCGUCUCGCGCGAUACACGAGAAUCGACGAGAAUGAGGCCGAGGAGGAGAAUGAACACCAUGAAAGCUGUGACGUCAUUGAGAAUUCUGCGGGAGAAACUAGUGAUGUAAACGGUGGUGGUGUUUGUAACGGUACAGCCAUUCCUUGUGUUUCAUCAAGGUGUCCAUUGUUGGAUAUUCCAGACGCUACUACUAAAAGUACGGAGAGUCUUUCAAUACACACUGAAGUUCAAGUCCACGCAGUUGUACCUAAUGGUGACUGCUGUGAACAAAAUAUAAAGCCAAUAGACUCGCUAGAGCUUCGGGCAUUAAACGAUCUCGAGGUUACUUCUGACCACUCGCAGGAGAUCAGUGCUCACAUUGACCAAUCAAAACGUAAGAAGCGUUUUUCCAUAGACCGCCUUAGUGUCCGAAUCAACCGUUGGUUGUUGUACGUAGGGGCAGUCGUGCUUGUGUGCCCGGUGAGUUUCUUCCAGGCCUGCGCGUUUUAUUCGGUGACUUCGCACGUGGUUGCCCGCACGAGCCUUGUGGGUGUGAACGCCCAGAUGGCCGGCAUGGCGCUGUCGUCGCUCGGUGCCGGCUCCACGUUCACCAGACUAACCCACGGGUUUUUCAUUCAUCGCGGACUGGUGUCAGCCACCACAGCGUACAUCAUCGCCCUCGUGUUGGGUGUGAUUGGUGCGUUUGGUCAAGCCAUCGCUACCACGUACGUUGGUGUGAUCGUUGCUUCCCUCACCAUUGGUUUUUCCUCUGGAUCGGUGUACCCACUUGUACCUGUCGUCUUAAGGGACCUCGUCAGUCUAAGAGGCUUGCCUACGAGUUAUGGGUUGGCCAUGUUCUUCGAUAGCUGUGGAGUGUUUGCGGGUGGUUUUACAGCAGGGUUAUUGCGUGACGUCACGGGAUCCUACACGGCAUCGUUUUGCAUGACGGGGGCAUUCUACGUCAUGGCUACUAUUUUUCUGCUUCUCGUACCUCUCAUCCAGAGGAUGCACCGACGGAGAGCAAAAUCCGAACUGGAUCAGAACUCUAAUGUUUCCAAGGGAGACGCGGAACCCGCGUAGACGAUUGUAUAAAAGUAACGGUGUUUAAAAACACUCUAAAUUCAAUAUAUUGUAUGAAAUGUAGUGACCUCGCCUAGGUACUUUUGUUAAACGAUACAACUUUGCAAAGGUGUUAAUUAUUCACAUUUUAAUGUGAGACACAUUUAGUAGUUUGACUUUUCUUCACACGUGUUCUUCAAAAACUUAAAGGCAGUGGACACUAUUGGUAAUUACUCAUCAAUAAUAAUUAUAAGCAUAAAACCUUACACU